AUAUGAUUAAUGUUGUAUUGAUCUUUUGUUAUAUGGGUAUAUUACUUACAAAACAGCCUGAGAAAGAAAGAUAAAAAUGUACUUUUUGCUUACUUAGGUCAGUAACCUAUAAUAGUCUUAGGUUUGUAAAUAUAUGGAGUGUGCAAGUUAAAAAAUAUCGUGAAUUAAGCACAGUGCACAGCUAUUUGGGGCAGUGUCUGUUUUAACAAGAAGGGGUGGCUGGGGGUUGUGACCGUACCUGCAGGAAACCUGGCACGGCGCGUGUCAACCCAUGUGGAUCAGACUUCAGUCGGCCUGAAGACCUUCAGCGGUUCAGAAUGGAGUGCCGGCGCUGCCUGGAACCGCGAACCAUUCUUCUUCACAUCACCAUCGCGGUGACCAUAGCGGCAACCGGCCUCCUCUGUGCUGCGAUCAUGACCGACCAUUGGGAUGAAGUGACAUGGGACAAACAUCGCGUUUCCAGUCUCGCCAGUUCGAAUUUCUCAGAUUACGAGGUGAGCAUGUCAUGGUACAUGAACGACAAGGUUUCAAGAAUAGCCUUGUUGGAGCCCCUUCAACGUAGCAAACGAUUUCAAGAGGUGGUGACCCUUUUCCUCGUGCCCGUUCACGGAGGUAUCUGGACGCUAUGCUUAGCCCUCGAAGAUGAAGAGAAAAUGAAUCUCCAAAAUAUUGGUUUUCCUAGGACACAAUGUGUCAAUUACUUAACACCUGAAAAUGAAAGGAUGGAUUGGAGAGAAGAUAGAACAGAUUGGCAGCACAGGAUGCAGAAUUUGUCCAUGUCUUGUUCUAUGGUUUGCCUUAUAAUUCUUGGCGCUUCAGCACUUGUUGGAGCAUUUGGAAUUGCUAAACAUCAGAUUUCAGCAGUUUUAGUAACUGGAGUUAUGUAUCUCCUUGCAGGUACCUUCGCUCUCUUCACACUUAUGAUAAUCCACUACAAAAGAAAAUCAAUCAUUUCUCCAAUUGAUUGUACAUCAGGGGGUAGAGAUGGUGCCAUUGGCAUUGGACCGGCCAAACUGACAUCAAAACUUAUUUUGCACUACCUCCCCGGAAGGAGUUACAUUAGUGGUUGGAGUCUAGAUCUUGGGUGGGCAGCACUUGGUAUGUGCAUUCUGACGGCUUCGCUCUGGAUUCUUUUAGCUAGAGUCAUGAGGUUUACUCCAUUCACAUCACUUAUCACAUAAACACAUAAACACAUAA